AACAAUAAUAAUAAAGUGUUGUAAUGUGGGUGUGGAUGUGAGAUCAGUGCAGUGUGGAGGAACAUUAGCUGGUUAUUACUGUACAGAUGCGGAAGAGAAGCAGGUUCUGAUCUCUCUGUAACUCAAACUCACAGUAAAACUGAGGAUUCUUUACUCUUGAACACUGCACAUGGUGGGUAGGUGAUGAUGGCUCAGUCAGGAUGGAGAAGUGAGAACGGAGGGCAUCAGGAGGUGGAGGACGAGUUCACCUGUCCAGCCGUGUUACACGCCUCUCUGGAGGAUCUCAAACCCACAGUGGAGCGAGUGUUUGGCGUCACCCUGGUAUUCGGGGGACAAAGCUCGCCCUACGCCCCUCAGGACGGACAGAUCUGGCUGCACCUGAAAGGACGGAAAGAAGAGACGGAAGCAGCCAAGCUUUUUAUCAAGGGCGAGGUGCAGCAGGAGGCCCAGGAGGAGGUCGAGUACCCGUCGGUUCUGCACCCCGUGUUCUGCGGUGGCUUCUUUACGGACUGUUUGAUCCGGAACACCUCAGCGCACAUCCUGGUGGGUUCUCCAGAGUGUCUUCUCAUCUACGGACUGGCGGAACCCGUAGUGAAGGCCUACUCUCUCAUCCUGGACCUGGUCGAGAGGUACAAGAGAAGCCAGUCGCAGCACGUCGAGAUGAGAAGCGAGACCAUGGAGUCACAGCUGGCCUUCAGAUCCCUGGUGGAGCAACUGGAGGACAGGAACACCCUAGAUCUGCUGGUCCUGCCCGUUCUGGUCAAAGAAGUUCUUCUGGACUUGGCUAAACAGGCUGGACUGAACGUGAAGGCAAAGACGUUGAAGACUGAAGCUUCAGCAGGACCAAGAACAGGAGGGAAACUUUCUCAGAACAUGGACAGACUGGUACUGACGGAUCCUGGAGGAAACCAGGGAUUUGAGAAACUAGGGAGUUCCACUGCUUCAUGUUUCCCUCAGCCUGAUCUAGGUGCUGCAGGUACCAAAGAUCACAGCAGAAACAAGGAUGGAGAACCUAAAGAGACUUUAGGUCAGUUUUUCCGCAGUUUGGGCGUACCACCAGAAUUAGGGGUACUGAAACAAGAAGAGGAACUCAAGGAACGUAGAACACAGCAACAUGACCAGAAUCAGGAGAAGCUCCUGUUCGUGAAGAUUGAACAAGAGAACGAGCACCUUCUCCAAUUCUUCACAGCCAUGGGCUUCAACAAAGAGGUAGUGUGCAGGGUUCUGGCCCAUACUGGACCCAGAGAACCUUCUGAAGUCCUGGACCUAAUCCAGCAAGAACAAAACAAAGUUCAGGUCCCAAAUCAGAACCUAAAUGGAGCUUCAGGAACCAACAAGGAGGACUUUGUGCUCGGUGUGCUUAAGAAAGCAGCAGCGAGUUGUGGCUACACCGAGGAAAAAGUGGACGAGAUCUACAGCAACCUUCCCGAGCUGUCACCGCACGAGAUGAUCCUAGAACUUCAGAAGAAGGCAGUGAAAGAACCUGAGGGUGGUGGAAAAGACACAGAGGACCAACGCUCAGUUCCUCGAGAAACAAAGACCAGUCAGAAAGCUGAUGAUAAGCCCAGAGUGUUCAAGUCUGAGAGCGAUGUUGGUAGAAGUUUAGGAGAAACAUCUCAGAGAAAACAGGAAGCACAACCAGGUGGACGAGAAAACGUGAACGUAGGACCAAGGAUGCCAGAACCUUUCUCAGACCCGCCAGUCAACAGCGUUCCAUCUUCAGUACGUGGACCUCCUCAACCCAUCUACCCACACCCACUCAGUGUUUCAGAUCAGCAGAUACCAGCACCUCCAGAACACACCAGCACCAAGCCUAAGCAGAAAGCAGCACCCUCCAGACCUGGAGCGGUCAUUACAGGUCAGCAGCGCUUCCUCGAGGGUUUGGUGAAGACCUUCAAUCUCCAGCUGAACGAUGAUCCAGGAGAUCCAGGACUGCGCCAGAUCAUCAUCGAUGGAAGCAACGUGGCCAUGACGCACGGCCUGGGCGGGUUCUUCUCGUGUCGGGGCAUCGCUCUGGCCGUGCAGUUCUUCUGGAGUCGAGGCCACCGCAGGAUCACCGCGCUGGUUCCUCAGUGGAGACAGAAGAGAGACCCGAAGAUCAAAGAGCAGCACUUCAUGACCCAGCUGCAGGAUCUGGGGUUGCUCUCGUUUACCCCCUCCAGAGAGGUGCAGGGGCAGAGGAUCAACUCCUACGAUGACAGGUUCAUGCUUCAGCUGGCCAGGAGCACGGACGGCGUCAUCAUCACCAACGACAACAUGAGGGAUCUGGUGGAGGAGUCGCCCGUGUGGAGGGAGAUCAUCAAGAGCAGGUUGCUGCAGUACGUGUUUGCGGGAGAUCUCUUCAUGGUACCUGACGACCCCCUGGGCAGGAGUGGACCCCACAUCGACCACUUCCUACGGUCACAGAGCAGACCUUCUGUACCCAUCAGCCACUCGUUCGCGGGCGUCUCCUCCACCCCAGCCCUGCCCCCGCCCCACCCCCGGGCUCAGACGGUGCCGCUGCAGUACCGCGAGAGAGCGCCGGCGGGUCCCCAGCACCAGGGCGGCUCCGCCCCGGCCAGGACGGUACAGGAGACCCUCCGAAUCAAACAGGACCUGCUGGAGAUCUUCCCAGGACAGGACGGGGUGAUCGACGUGACCCUGCAGCGCCACCCGGCCCUCACCGACACCAACCAGCUCUCCUAUCUCAUCCUGGAACACAUAAACACACAGGAGGAGUAAAAAUAAACCAGAUAAAUGAUUAAACACGUCCGUCACACACAACACACAUGGACCAAAGUAUUGGGACGCCACUUUUAAUGACUGAAUUCAUUUAGUGUUUCAGCCACAAUUUAAUUUUAAAUAAAUUCUUAUAUGUGAGUCUGGAUUUAACGUUUGUAAAGAGCAAUAAUAAGAACCAGACCAGCACUGAUUUACCUCCUGAACUUGAUUUUAUUUGUUGUAACUGAUGUUUAUUCAGGACAGUUCAUGUUUUCACCACAGGGGGCGUCACAGCCUCCUACAUGUUUUUAAUAUUAAAUUAAUGACUAUUUUAUUACUGAUAUGUGAUUGUUUAUGGUGUAUAAUAAUAAUAAAUAUUUUAUCUGAAACACAA